AUGUCAGAAAACUCAUCAUUAGAUUCAUCACUACCUAAUAGUGCACGACGUAAACAUCAUUACAAAACGCCAACUGGUAGUAGUCAUAAAGAUAUAUCGAUUACAUUUGCAUUGGCUGACAAUCGUCAAAAUAAUUAUUUUGAUAAACAACAUAGCAAAAGAACUGCUUUUGUAUACGAUGAACGUAUGUUAUUGCAUAAAAAUGUAUGGUUUCCGAAUUUUGUGGAAUGUCCUGAACGAUUUUCUACAACAAUUGAUAAAUGUACAAUUUAUGGACUGUUAUCACGUUGUUUAAUUAUCAAUCCUGAACCAGCAAAUAAUGAUUUGCUUAGACUUUAUCACCAGACAGAAUAUAUUGAACAAAUUAAUCGAACGAAAACCAUGACAGAUAAUGAAUUAAAACAACUUAGUUCAACAUUAGAUUCUGUUUAUUUUAAUGAGCAUACAGAUUUAUCUGCCAGAUUAUCUGUUGGAUCAUGGAUACAAGCUGUUGAUUUGAUACAUUCUGGAGAGGAUGUAAGAAAUGCUUUCUGUUUAGUCAGACCUCCAGGUCAUCAUGCAUUGACCAAUGAGGCGUGUGGCUUUUGUAUUUAUAAUAAUGUUGCAAUUGCAGUGAAUUAUGCCAUUGAACAAUUCAAUUAUAAUCGUAUACUGAUCAUUGAUUGGGAUGUACAUCAUGGAAAUACUACACAAUAUGCAUUUUAUGAUAAUCCAAAAGUUCUAUUCAUAUCAAUUCAUCGAUAUGAUAAUGGAGAAUAUUGGCCUAAUCUACGUGAAUCCAAUUAUGAUUUUAUUGGUACUGGUCGUGGUCGUGGAUUCAAUGUGAAUGUUGCAUUGAACGAUAAAGAUAUUGGCGAUUCCGAUUACUUGACUAUAUUUCAUCGAAUCGUUCUGCCUUUAGCUUAUGAAUUUGAUCCAGAAUUAAUAUUUGUUUCCGCUGGCUAUGAUUCUGCAUUUGGUUGUCCUGUAGGUCAAUUAAAUCUUAGUCCAUCGUUGUUUGCUCAUCUUACGCAUAAACUUAUGGCGUUAGCGGAAGGCAAAAUUAUUGUCGGUUUAGAAGGUGGUUAUAAUUUGGAUACACUAAGUGAAUCAAUUGGUCAUACUUUAUCAGCUUUAUUAGGUGAUCCAAUGCCAUCAUUGGAUCCAAUGAAACCAAUUAAUCCAAGUGUAUUACAAACAAUCUCCAAUUGUAUAUCAACGCUAAGUUAUCGAUGGAAAUUUUUACAUAUUUAUCCUUUAUUAAAUGAUCAUGUUUUAUCACCGGAUUUAAGUCAUUUAAAAUUACAAAGUUGGUCAGAUGUAAAAGUCCCAAAUUUUGAACCAACCGAUAAACAACAUGAUAUUGAAAAUAAAUUAAUCAUCGAUAAAAAAUUUGAAUAUUUAAAAAAUACACAUCCGAUUGCUGGUAAUAAUCGAAUAUCUGGAACUUGCUUAGUUUAUGAUAGUCGUAUGGAAAAUCAUCAGAAUGAAGAAGAUCCAACUUAUCCAGAAAAUCCAGAACGUAUCAAACAUGCCUAUGCUGUUUUAAAACAAUACGGUCUUGCACGUCGUUGUAAACAUAUUGAAGCACGUUAUGCAACUCGAACAGAAUUAUUACGUGUACAUACAGAAGAUUAUUUGAAUACAAUUGCUGCAACAGUGAAUAUGAAUCAAACUGUAUUGAAUGAUUUAGGCGCUACAGAAAAUUCAGUUUAUUUCAAUCCGCAUACCUAUGAUAAUGCUCGUUUGGCUAGUGGUUCUCUGUUAGCAGUAAUUGAUGAAGUUUGUUCAGGCGAGAGUUUAAAUGGUUUGGCAUUAAUUCGUCCACCGGGACAUCAUGCUUUAAAAGAUCGUUGUAUGGGAUUUUGUUUCUUCAAUAAUAUAGCCGUUGGAGCUAGACAUGCUCAACAAGUUUAUGGAUUAGAACGAAUUGCGAUUAUCGACUGGGAUGUUCAUCAUGGUAAUGGAACAGCGGAAAUAUUCGCAGAUGAUCCAAAUAUCCUAUACAUAUCAGUGCAUCGUUUUGAUCAUGGACGUUAUUUUCCAAAUAGUGAUUUUAGUUCCAGUCAAUUUUGUGGUACCGAUGAAGGAUUAGGUCGAACAAUUCACGUUGCAUGGAAUGGGAGAGACGUUAAAGAUGGUGAUUAUAUUGUUGCAUUUACAAAUAUUAUCAUCCCUGUUUUAUAUGAAUUUCGACCACAGUUGAUUUUAGUCUCAGCUGGUUUUGAUGCUGCUCAAGGUGAUACAUUGGGUCGAUUAAAUGUAUCCCCGGAAUGUUUUGCUCAUUUAACUCAUUUACUAAUGACUGUUGUACAUUUAAAUCCAUCUGUGUAUACAUUAAAUAAUUCUGUCAAGAAAAAUACUUCUACUUCUACUUCAUCACCAACAACAACAACUGAUAAAAUCAUUACAUCGAUGUCAUCAACAAUCAGACAAACACGUCAACGUAUACAACAUGAAAAAUCAAUUUCUUAUGCUGGUGGUUUAAUACUUGCUUUAGAAGGUGGUUAUCAACUGAAUGCGCUAUCAUUAUGUAUUGCACAUUGUACUGCUGUCUUAUUAGGUGAUCCUUGUCCACGGUUAUCAACAUCAUUACUCUCGAUAUCUGACAAAAGUUGUAAAUCUAUGCAACAAACCAUUCAAGUUCAAUCGAACUAUUGGAAUAUGCUUCAAGGUUUCGAUCCAGUCGAUCGUCUGUAUGAUCAAGAUUUAAUACGUCGACCUGUAAUUGGUAGAAACACACGACAAAAUCCACAAAAUACUAAUACUACUAAUAUGAAUAUUAGUAGUAGUAUUGGUAGUGGUGGUAGUAGUAGUAGUACAACAACUAUUGAAAUGGAUUCUGUACAUUCAAAAUUAGAAAAUUUCGAUUUAAAUCGUCAUCAUCAUCCUCAUCAUCCUCCUCAGCAUAAUAAACAAUUUAUUACAAAUUGUACAUCCACUCCUGACGCCGGUGACAGCAGUCAUCCUCAUAAUAAUACUCAUAACCAUAAUCUGGACGAUGAAUUUUCCGAGUUAUUUAAAUCCAAAUUAACAUUAGAUGUUAGUUCCACAGUAAUAAAUGACACGAUGGAUCCAUUAACUUCCGUGUGUUGUACCAUCUCUAAAGAUUUAACCACCAAUAAUCAUUGUAUUAUUCAUGAACAGAAGAAUAUGUUGCACAAUAAUAAUACUAAUACUACAGAGGAAUUAAUUGUUGUCGAGCGCGCUGACGAAUCUGAUUCACAACAACACCAACCACAACCGUCCACAUCGAAUGUCAAUAAUCAUGACGGAACUAACGCAGAGAAUAUUCAAGAUUUUUUUGGAUUACCUGCUUCGCAUGAAUUAACAUCGCAAGUGUUUGCCGUAACACCAUUAAAUUGGUGUCCGCAUUUAACUUCUGUCCAACAUAAUCCGAAUUGGAAACCUGAUAUUCAUAGUUUAUGUGGUGAUUGUAAUCAUUUCAAUGAAAAUUGGGUUUGUCUAUCGUGUUAUGCAGUUUAUUGUAGUCGUUAUGUGAAUUCACAUAUGCUUGAACAUUAUGUCAAAAUGAAACAUCCAUUGGUACUUAGUUAUGCUGAUUUAUCUAUUUGGUGUUAUGAAUGUGAAUCCUAUGUACAUAAUGAGAUCCUAUUCAAUAUAAAACAAGCUGUUCAUCAAGCCAAAUUCGGUGAAACUAUCAAAUCCAAUGAUUCUUUGUGA